UCUCCUUCAAUUCAUAGCACAAAAAACUCAACAGAUUCUACACCUCAAUCUCGGAACGAACUUAGAUCAAUACUUCGUUCAUUCUCCAAUGGCUUUCGCGGUUAGUUCUUCGUCAGCAGCAUCAGCAGCGGCGAAUUCGACUUCGUUGUUCUCGCGGAUUGGAUCUUCCUCUGAUACCAAAGUUUUGCAAAUUGGUUCGUUGAGGAUUUUGGAGAGAACAAAUGGUUCGUCUGGUGUCUUGAAUUUACCUUCCAGACGUUCGUUGGUGAGGGCUCUUAAUGUUGAAUCUCAAAGGAACGGUUCUGUUGUUCCUCUUGCAGCAACUAUCGUUGCUCCUGAGAUUCUUGAGAAGGAAGAGGAAGAUUUUGAACAAUUAGCGAAGAACCUUGAAAAUGCUUCGCCUCUUGAGAUAAUGGACAAGGCGCUUGAGAAAUUUGGAAACGAUAUUGCUAUUGCUUUCAGUGGUGCUGAAGAUGUUGCUUUAAUUGAGUAUGCACAUUUGACGGGUAGGCCAUACAGGGUGUUCAGUCUUGACACCGGGAGACUGAAUCCAGAAACAUACAGAUUGUUUGAUGCGGUUGAGAAGCGCUAUGGGAUUCGCAUUGAAUACAUGUUCCCUGAUGCUGUUGAGGUUCAGGGAUUAGUUCGAACAAAGGGGCUCUUUUCAUUUUAUGAGGACGGGCAUCAAGAGUGCUGCAGAAUCAGGAAGGUGAGACCUUUGAGAAGAGCUCUUAAAGGUCUUAGAGCAUGGAUUACUGGACAGAGAAAAGACCAGUCACCUGGUACUAGGUCUGAAAUACCUGUUGUUCAGGUUGAUCCAGUUUUUGAGGGAUUGGAUGGUGGGAGUGGGAGUCUGGUGAAGUGGAACCCUGUUGCCAAUGUGAAUGGCAUUGACAUAUGGACCUUCCUAAGAACAAUGGAUGUGCCUGUUAAUUCAUUGCACUCUCAAGGAUAUGUUUCCAUUGGUUGUGAGCCAUGCACAAGGCCAGUUUUGCCUGGACAGCAUGAAAGAGAGGGAAGAUGGUGGUGGGAGGAUGCCAAAGCAAAGGAGUGUGGUCUUCACAAGGGUAAUUUGAAACAGGAUGAUGCUGCCCAGAAUAAUGGUAAUGGAAAUGGUGUGGCCCAUGCCAAUGGCUCUGCCACAGUUGCUGACAUUUUCAACUCUGAGAAUGUGGUCAGCUUGAGCAGGGCUGGAAUUGAAAAUCUGGCCAAAUUGCAGGACCGAAAAGAGCCCUGGAUUGUUGUGCUCUAUGCACCAUGGUGCCGUUUCUGUCAGGCUAUGGAAGAAUCAUAUGUGGAUUUGGCGGAGAAUUUAGCUGGGUCAGGAGUGAAGGUUGGAAAAUUCAGAGCAGAUGGUGAUGAAAAAGAAUAUGCAAAGAGUGAACUAGGGUUGGGAAGCUUCCCCACGAUCCUCUUCUUCCCCAAACACUCUUCUAGGCCAAUUAAGUAUCCUUCAGAAAAGAGAGACGUUGAAUCAUUAACAGCAUUUGUGAAUGCCUUAAGGUGAUGAUCGAUUGAGUAUUUUGCUCAAGGUUCUGUCACACGACACAGGCAAUAAAUUGAAUCACCGAUUUUGGCAGUUCACUGAAAUGUGAGAAUGGCAGUUUUGGCAGCAAAACUAAGAGGUUCACAGCUUGUAUCUCUGUAAAGUGUUAGGUGGUCUUCCUCACAAGUAAUUGUAGUAGUCACUGUGAGGAGGAUUUGAUUUACUGUUUUUCAGAUGAGUUGAUUUAUGGUUGUAUGUUUUUGCUUUUAUCAAUAUAAGAUCUAGUUUAUCAUA